ACCCCAGCGGUCCGAUGUAAAUCACUGCAAUGGCAGAGGAGUAGGGGCGGGUGGGGGAGACCGGCUUCAGCCCUGCCUCCUCUCUGCAUGCGAGCACACACGGCAGAGUAGACACACGGCAGGCAGGCAGGAAGACGGAGCACCAUCACAGGGGCAACAAAGGGACGCAUGGUUCAUCCAAGGCAUCAAAUGAAUAAAUGAUACAUUAAGACAAGUUCUGCAUACAGAAAAACGUUUGAUUGCAUCCGUCCUCACCUCAAAGGGUGUAAUAGCACUGCACAGUCAUGGAGCUGGAGCACUUUGAUGAGCGGGACAAGGCUCAGAGAUAUACCCGAAGGGGCUCAAGAGGGAAUGGGCUUCCCAGUCCCACUCACAGCGCUCACUGCAGCCUGUACAGAACCAGGACACUGCAAGCAUUGACCUCAGAGAAGAAGGCCAAGAAGAUCCGUUUCUACCGCAAUGGGGACCGCUACUUCAAAGGGAUUGUGUAUGCCAUUUCUCAGGACAGAUUUAGGUCUAUCGAAGCACUCCUGGCUGACCUCACAAGAGCUCUGUCAGAUAAUGUCAACUUGCCACAGGGGGUGCGAACCAUAUAUACUAUUGAUGGGAUAACAAAGAUCACUGCCAUGGACCAGUUGGUGGAAGGGGAGAGCUAUGUUUGUGCAUCCAUAGAACCCUACAAGAAGCUGGACUAUACGAAGAAUGUGAAUCCCAACUGGGCAGUUGGUGCUAGGACUGCUGUGUCCAUCCGUGACCCUUCUUCCCUUGGUAGUGCCAAGACUGGAGCCUCAGAAACCAGGGAGACCAAGGACUUUAUUAGACCCAAAUUGGUAACCAUUGUCCGCAGUGGAGUAAAGCCCCGCAAGGCCGUACGGAUCUUGCUCAACAAGAAGACUGCACACUCCUUUGAGCAAGUCAUGACUGACAUCACAGAUGCUAUCAAGCUGGACUCUGGAGUCGUCAAAAGGAUAUAUACUGUUGACGGCAAGAUGGUCACCUGCCUUCAGGACUUUUUUGGGGACGAUGAUAUAUUCUUUGCUUGUGGCCCUGAGAAGUUCCGUUAUCAGGAUGACUUCAACUUAGAUGAAAAUGAGUGCAGGGUGGCAAAGUCUGCAUCAUAUGGCCGACUUCCCUCCGGGCACAGUCUCUCUUCUCCACGAGGUGGUGGGAUGUCUCGGAGGAGCAAGUCUCCUUCAUCUGCUAGUUCAGCCAAUGGCACUGCAGGCAGUCAGCUUUCCACACCUCGAUCUGGAAAGUCUCCAAGCCCCUCUCCAACCAGUCCAGCUAGCCUCCGAAGACGACAGGGAUCUCAGCACAGUGGAUCCUCACUCUCUUUGGCUUCUACCAAGGUUUGCAGCUCAAUGGAUGAAGGGGAUGGGCCUGGUAGUGAAGCUGAGCCAAUGGAUGAGUACCCCUCAGUCCCUGCAUCCAUAGCGGAGAGGUACAAAGUGGGGAAGACUUUAGGGGACGGAAACUUUGCCGUGGUGCGAGAGUGUGUGGAGAGAUCCACUGGAAGAGAGUAUGCUCUGAAGAUCAUUAGCAAAGAUAAAUGCAGGGGAAAGGAGCACAUGAUCCAGAGUGAAGUAUCAAUCCUUCGGCGUGUGAAACAUCCCAACAUCGUACUUUUGAUUGAGGAAAUGGACACCUAUAAUGAGCUCUAUCUUGUAAUGGAGUUGGUUAAGGGAGGAGAUCUCUUCGAUGCAAUCACCUCUUCAAAUAAAUAUACAGAGCGAGAUGCCAGCUCUAUGCUGUUCAAUCUGGCAAGUGCUAUCAAGUACCUGCACAGUCUAAAUAUUGUCCACAGAGACAUAAAACCAGAAAACCUGUUGGUGUAUGAACACCAGGAUGGUAGUAAGUCACUGAAGCUAGGUGAUUUUGGCUUGGCAACCAUUGUUAACGGGCCCCUCUAUACUGUGUGUGGCACACCCACCUAUGUAGCACCAGAGAUUGUCGCUGAGACUGGAUAUGGCCUUAAGGUUGACAUUUGGGCAGCUGGUGUCAUCACUUACAUACUGUUGUGUGGUUUUCCUCCUUUCCGUGGCAGUGGUGAAGAUCAGGAGGCUCUCUUUGAACAGCUUUUGAAGGGCCAGCUUGAUUUCCCUGCACCAUACUGGGACAAUGUGUCUGACAGUGCUAAGGCUCUGAUCACUGGGAUGCUGCAGGUAGAGGUGGAUCAGAGAUACACUGCAGUGCAGGUGCUCGAUCACCGCUGGGUCAAUGAUGAUGGUGUGUCAGAGAACGAGCACCAGCUGCCUGUAGCUGGGAAGAUCAAGAAGCACUUCAACACCGGGCCCAAGCUCAACAGCACCACAGCAGGAGUGUCAGUAAUUACAACCACGCCACUUGAUAAAGAGAAGCAAGUUUUCCGACGAAGACGCCACCAGGAUGUGAAGCUUUCUCCCCACCUCCCACGCAGUUUCGGUGCCUGCGCCUCCCGCAAUGCCAACCCUGGCGUCUCCACCACUGAAAUCACUUCUGAGUCUGAGGACUAUUCCCCAAGUUCUGCUGACACUGUCCGUUCACCCAUCUCUCCAUUCUAACAGCCUCCCAGAGGCCACAGCGCUCUCCACCCCUCCAUGAAAAAGUGGGAAAUGGGGGAGCACAAAAUGGAAAGACCCAACAUUGGAUUCAGUCUGCAGACUGCAUACUUACCUGUACCCUUUUUAUUCUUUUCCAGUCAUAUUUUUAUUUUAAGUAUAUAAUGUAUUGAUCAGAGUAAGGGACAAGUUAGUCUCUGGAUCAAAGAAUACACCCUAAGAGCAUGCAACAAUUAAAAAAUAUUCCCCCCUUUUUUUUCUUUUUUCCAAAGAAGCCACCAGACUGUUAAAGCCUUGUUUCUACACAGCGAGCACUGGUUCAUUGUAGUACUCUAGAGCCCUCUACUGGUCUGUAUUGUAUACUGCAGGGUAACCUGCCUCAUGAGCAGUGUUGGGGAGCAUCUACUGUAGUUACAUGUAAUGAAGUUAAGUAAUUAAAUACAAAAUAAAUGUAAUUGUAAUUUGUUAUAGUUACUAAGAAAAAAAAUGUUAUUACAUACAGUUACUAAUCAAAAUGUUGAUAGUCAAAUGUAGCCAAUUCGGUAAAAAGCUUACAUUGUAGAACAUAGCAGUCAUUCUGUUGCUUUGCAGUACCUUCUUUUGAUGUGUUUCUGCACAACGUGGGUCAGCAAAGUCGUCGGGACAAAUUUGAGUGCAACACUUAUACACUUGUGUUUUAGGAUUUUUCCACUUUAUUGCUUAGUUUAAAACAUUUGUUAGAAAGUCAAAUCAAAUGCAAUAAGUUACAUUACUUUGAAGUAGUGAAAAAAGUUGCAUCUUACAUUUUUAACAGGGCAAUUAGUAAUCUGUAACCUACUACAUUUCAAAAGUAACUUUCCCAACACUGCACAUGAAGCACUUUAUAAUGUGAAGUGUAAAUGCAAAACAUUGAACUAUGACUUUAGUCAUUUAAUUUAGUGAUAUGACAGUACAUAUCACUUUCAUUCUGAUUUAAACACAAAUGCUUGCUUAACAGUAACUCAAUACAACAGUGAUAGUCAACUUAUUGCUGUGCUGUAUGACAUCUAGAUUACGUUGUGCUAGAUUGUGGUGCAUAAACCUCAGACACACUGUUUAAGAGGACUUAAGAAACUGGAAAGAAACAUGCUGCUAUGUCAUACCAUGAGCAUCAUGUGUACUGAACAGAUUUUUUGUGAUGGACAAACAGAAGAAUUGAAGGCACUAAUAUUUGCCUGUUGAUGGUCCAGCUCACCUGGGUGUUUGAGGAUGAUUAUUGAAACUUGUUACAUGUCUGUGAGAGUGGUUGUAAUUCAUUGGUGAUACAGAUGAAUGUCAAUGCUGUGUAGUUGGUAGUAAGUGCAUGUUUAAAGCCUUGCCUUGGCACAUGGAUUUAAGUGCAAUUAGGUGUAUUGCCCAAUGAGCACAGUAUCAAAUUUGUCCUUCGAAAUGCUGGAAUGAGUGAGAAUGGAUCUGUUGCUGGUAUUAUUGGCAGCCAUCUGACCCAUUUACCUGUCAGACGAGGGCAGUUUACGCUUGUGCAACAUGGAUUUUUUUCACACACUGAAAUAAGAAAUGAGUUAAAUGUUGGUAAACACAACAGUGCUUCCAGGAAAAUCCAUUAUUUUAAUAUUUCUUUAUUCAGUCAGUAGUUUUGCUGGACUUUUUUUAAUAAUCAGAUCAAACAACAUGACGAAGGAGUCUGGCUCACUAGACUGUAUGUACUGUAUGUUCUCUGACUACUUCAUGCAUUGGUUCACCAGAUACCAUAUAUUCAUAGAUGUGAAUGUCCUCUUCACCUUGAUCAGAGACUGUAGCCUGCAUGUUUGCUAAUAUGCAUCCUAAAUCAGUUGUUCUGGUCUUCUGCUGUUUAAUAUAUACGCCUGUCAGAUAUGAAAUCAUUUCUGUUGUCACUGUACGUGCUGUCUUGGUGAAUGCAGUUCAGUUAAGGCGGACUAUAGUCAUACCACAGCUAAGUUAAAACUUGUAUAUCCGUAUUUUAACAAAUGUAAUGUAACACUACAGACUUUGUUGUACAAGGGCUUUUAAGUUUUUGACCAGAAGGGAGGGAACCAAAAAGCACAGGGGAAGAAAGUUGUGAUAGUGACUUUUUGGGAAUGUGUUUGCUUUCAAGACUCAAUUUUCAUCAUCUGAAAAACAGAUAAUGUUCAUAUAUGAUAUGAUAAAAUGGCAAGACAACUGGGAAUGUCAGUAUUAAGUGGAAGCAGAUGGAGAAUGUGAAUGCUGUAUUAUAGUCAUCCAUAUUCCAUUAAUGUAGGAUGUUAUACAACAAUUUAAAUGAGAACAAAAAUCAGUAAUACCCUUCUUUCCAGUUCAUGAGAAAAAAAAAAAUCUAUUGCUAUGGUUAAAAAGCAUACUUCUGAAAAUGUACUCUGCGAAGAAACCAAA